AUGGCAGAAUUAUAUUUCUUACGACACGGCCAGAGGAUAGAUCAUGUAAUCAAUAAGGAGGAUAAGGGGAUAGAGGCGAUAUUCAAGGAUUACAAGGAGUACGAUCCGUCAUUGGCGAGUAGCGCCAUCGAGCAGCUUGAGACUGUGGGAAAGGAGAUUUUGGGACAAACACAGGUAUUUGAUGAUACAGAAAGCGGGAGUGUCAGAAAAAAUGUGUUUAUCCACUUUUCGCCGUACUUGCGGUGUUGCCAGACGGCUGAUUUGUUGGUGAGUGAUCUCAAGGCGAGAUUUGAAGAGAAAUACCCAAAUUACAAGGUGAGGUUUCAGCUUUUGGGGGAUUUUGCGUUGUCUGAGUGGGUGCAUGAGAGGAUGAAGAAUAAGCCUCCGUUUACCGAUUCGAACGAUGCGUACCAUAUGUAUACACCUAACAUCAAGUUGUUGAAGAAUCGGUCAUGUGUGUCUAACUUCCGUCCGACUAAUACGUUGGGUCCAUAUAAUGGGCCGAAUCUAAGCUAUAAGGAUUACCAGGCAAACUGUAAGGAAUAUUUUCUGAAGUUGGUAGCCACGUAUAACAGACAGGUGCAUCUUAAAAACCAGGAUAUAAUUAUUGUCAUAUCGCAUGGAUAUGCCAUAAAUAAUUUCCUCUCGUACUUUAUAAACCAUCCUAUAUUUGACGAAAUACCCGAGGCAUCCUUAAACUUUGCAAGAAGGGUCCUUGUGAAUGAAGAUCAUGAGAUUCAAGAUCCUCUUGAUCUAGACCAAUAUAAAUGGAAAUUGUUUAAAGAUUCCUUGAAUAUUUUAGAGAAGGAAGAUAUCGAUAGUACUCUUAAUUUAGAGACCGAUAUAGUAUAUUACAAGACCAAUUUCUUCAAAAAGGAUGAUUUUGAUGAAUCUAAUAAUUUGAAACUUCCUACUGUUCCUGCGCAAGACCAACCACGAGCGUCCUUCAGGAUGUCUACCACUGGCUCAACGAAAGAUCCUAAUAGACCCGAAGUGAUCAGAAACUACAAUCCUAUUUGUUCGGCGGCAAAGGAUUGGUCUCCACAAAUGGCCAAACAAUUCGCAGUUAAAUCAGCCUUCAAAUUGAAGAGAAUGAAUGACGACUCAUUUAAGAAGACCUUCAACCUUCAACAUCACCCAUCGAAACCAAUUUCUCCCGAAGUUUCACCAAAUUCUGAGCCAACGAGGAAUAAUUCGGUUAUUGAUUUGACCAAAUUGGUUGAUAACGAAGAUAUUAACAAACCCAUGAGAUUGAAAUAUUCAACGACGUCCGAAAUUCCUAUUCAUCGUUUGAACUCGAAAAUUAAUUCACAAGUUAAUUUAGCUCAAUAUCAAAGAGAUAAUGCAUCGUCGAAUGAUAAUUCGACAACUGAUUUGCCGAGAUUCCUUUCAUCUCUUCAGAACAAACCAAGAAAGAGAUCUACUUCGAAUCCUAUUUUGGCAACGGUGGCUCAUAAUGCAAAGGAUUCGUAUUUCCCACUGACUGUUAUUGGGAAGGCCAGCCAUAGACAGAGCAAUGAUCUGUUGGCAUCGAUAGAUUCUGGAUCCCCAGUUGAUGAUUAUGGCUCAUGCAGCGAUCUUGAUAUAAUCGAAGAACACAACGUGAGACCAAUUCAAGGCCCUCAACAACCUGAAAAUCCAUUGUUGAGUAGAUCUAAAUCCUUGAACUACAAACGUACUAUAAGUGAUAAAGGAAGCACAUCUCUAUUAGCUAAAUAUAAGCAACAUCAGCUUAACAACGAAAGUGAUGAUAGUGAUAGUCAGAAAGCAUUCGCAUUGCCUUACAGCUUGAACAGGAACAAUCAAUACCAGAAAGCAACUUCUACACCUCCCCAACGGAGAACUCCUCCAUCGCCCGUGGCAAACAACAGUCCAAAAACUAGAAAUUCGAUUAGGUUUAUACCUUCUGUAUUUAACAGUGAUGGAAUGAACGGUCCUGUUAAUGGUACGUCUACCCCAACAGGCUUUAGCGUUUCGAAUUCGAAGGAUGCGUCUAAGAAACCAAUGUUCUACCACCUUAACUCUGAUGAUGGUUCUAAUAGUGAUUCUGGCGAUUCUUCGUCUGAUAUUGAUGAUUACAAUGGUGAUGGUGAUGAAGAUGAUAAAAUGGAUGUGGAUAAAGAAAAACAAAAAUCAAAGAAGAAGAAAGACCAGUAUAUUUGGUUUGGUCAAAAUAGAAGAUAA